GGCAAAACAGGACUCUGGAGGGGCAACGGUCAGUAAGCUUUAGCUGAAGGGAGGGGAAAGGUGCUGCUAUGUUUAGCUUCCCUCUCCCUUCCAAGCCCCCCUUCCGCCCUCCACACACACGUUUUUUGAGUUAGAGCAUAAAUGGAAAAUUCUGAGGAUAAGAAGUUCUUCACUUAUCACACACAGCAUGCUGUAUUUCAGGAUGUGGUUGGUGAACUUAGAGAGUGCAGAAAUAACCACUCUUCUCCAGCUUUGCUGGUUUGCAGCAGAAAUAUGCUCUUGAAGGAGUACCGGAUCUGUAUGCCUUUGACAGUUGAAGAGUACAGAAUUGGACAGCUCUACAUGAUCAGUAAGCAUAGCCACGAGCAGAGUGACCGAGGGGAAGGCGUGGAAGUCGUGCAGAAUGAACCCUAUGAAGAUCCAAAUCAUGGCAAUGGUCAACUAACAGAAAAACGGGUCUAUCUCAACAGCAAACUACCUAGCUGGGCCAGAGCAGUUGUUCCCAAAAUAUUUUACAUUACAGAGAAGGCUUGGAAUUAUUACCCAUAUACAAUUACAGAAUACACAUGCUCAUUUUUGCCUAAAUUCUCCAUUCACAUAGAAACAAAAUAUGAGGACAACAAAGGAAGCAAUGACAAUAUUUUUGACAACGAAGCCAAAGAUCUUGAGCGAGAAGUCUGCUUUAUCGAUAUUGCCUGUGAUGAAAUCCCUGAGCGCUAUUACAAAGAAUCAGAGGAUCCUAAACAUUUCAAGUCAGAGAAGACGGGGAGAGGCCUCUUAAAAGAAGGCUGGAGGGAGACACACCAGCCGAUCAUGUGCUCCUACAAACUGGUGACUGUGAAAUUUGAAGUCUGGGGACUUCAAACUAGAGUAGAACAAUUUGUACAUAAGGUGGUCAGAGAUAUAUUAAUGAUUGGUCACCGACAGGCUUUUGCAUGGGUUGAUGAGUGGUAUGACAUGACAAUGGAUGAAGUCCGAGAAUUUGAACGUGCAACUCAGGAAGCCACCAAUGAGAAAAUUGGGAUUUUCCCACCUGCAAUAUCUAUCUCUAACAUUUCCCUGCCUUCGUCAACCCGUAGUGCUCCUUCUAGUGCUCCAUCCACUCCUCUGUCCUCAGAUGCUCCUGAAUUCCUAUCAGUUCCCAAAGACCGACCUCGGAAAAAAUCUGCUCCAGAAACCCUCACACUUCCAGACCCAGAGAAAAAAGCACUUUAAAUUUAACCUAGCAUGUUUCCUUCUGACAAGCCAUGUCUGCCAGAACAAGAAUAACUUAACAUUUACAAAGCUCGGUGUGGUUGUUUGUCUGGAUUUUUUAAACGAGUUUACCGAUCUAGAAAGAUGAUUUCUUUAACUCAGACUUGUUCCUUAAAAUCCUUAAAUAAGUGCAUGUGAGAGAACAUAGUUCAUAUAUUCUGAUUCCCAAAGUAAAGCUCAAAGCCAUAUGGCACAUGGUAUUAAUGUGAAAUUAAAUUGUCUGAGAAUAGCCUGCAAUUGUGAUUGGAAAUGCUGUAGGUAUUUAAUAAAGCUAGCAAGGAUUUCUGAAGGGAACUAGUGUCAAUUUAGGUGCAGGGUUAAGUUAAAGAGUUAAAAAUCCAAUUUUCUCCUAUUAUCUCGGAAUUUCUAAAAAUUUUCUACUCUCAGGCUUAUCAUGUCUAAUCAUAAACCUUUGAACUGCUACUCAUUGAUACUUGAACACCAACAGCAAUUAUUCAAAUUCAGAUGUUGCUUAAUAUGACUCAGGAUUUGGGGCCUAGCUAACACAAACUUUAAACUUUUUAAAACUAAAUAACCAAUGCACCAAGGCUCCAUUUGUAAUUAAUAAUACUGACUUUAAGGCCAUUGAACUAUUUAUACCUUGCACAGAAUUUAUAAAAGAUUCCACCCAUUUCUUGUUUAUAUUGUAUUUUACUAGUUCUCCCCAGUCCUCUUGUGAUCAAUCAAGUUAUGUGCUGGUGUUUGUAACCCCUGCUCCAGAUAUAAAAAUGAUGGAAACACAAGCAGCUAAAUAGUUUAAAGAGUCUAAAUAAUGCAAGGGUCUUCUCCCAAUGAAGCUGGGAUCAUAGCAUUCCUGUCAUUCAUUUAAGUCCUCUGAGCUCCUGGCUAAUCACAAUGAAACCAGCUUUCAGGGUCUGAUCCAAAUCCCAUUGAAGCCAGUGGGAAGACUCCCAUUGCAUUAUAUGGGCUUUGGCUCAGGCCCUAAAUAACCACUCGAGGGAUUGUAAAAAAAUCUGGAGUUUAAUGAGGAGGUCUUCUACUAAAGGUGGGAAAGAAUGGUACUUAGUACGUUUGGGGACACUUUAGGACAGUCUCUUAAGACAGGUGGGUGCCUAAUGAGGGUAGCCUCCUGUACAGAUUUCACUGUACUAAUCAGCACUGAAUGUAUAUUAUGCUAUGGUGUUUUACCAGAUGCAGAAUAGUUGUUGGUUGAGCAUGGAUAGUGAAUAACUAGGCCAUGCUGCUUUGGAACAGCACCUGGGAGUAAAGAUUCUGAAAAGAAACAUUUUUUAUAUGUCCACCAUUGGAAAGUUCUUUAAAGAUCUUCAGCCACGACCUUUGCUCUGCCCUGAUGUGUUACGUAUUCAGAUUCAAUUUCAGAUCCCAGUCUAGGUUUCUUUCUUCAUGGGCUAAUGGGAUAAUAAUGUUGUAGAUGCAGCAUAUUCAGCCCUCAAACAAAAAUAAGUCAUUCAGCAGUGGCCACUUUAGCCAAUUAAGGAGCAGAUUUGAUGAGUUCUAUCCUGUCCUCACUGGACAGAAGGAUUGUGAUUGUGAUAGGAGACCUCAUAAGUGAUGAGUGGGGAAAUAUGGGGAUCCUCUGGGCUUCCUGAAGGAGAAAGAGGACUUACCCUUACUCUAUCCCUGUCCUUUCAUGCUAAGUGUGGUCUCCAGUGGCAGGAAGCAGAUCUCAGACUUUGCCAUUGAUCUCUAAAAGGGGAGAGUAAUGAAAGACGACUUACGAAAAAUAAAGGGGUCAUCUGGCAACUCAGUAACAUGUAAUGUAACAUGUGGGAAAGGAGAGCAACAUCCCUGGCCUGUUAGUGAAAUUACCCUUCAGUCUCAGGAAUAAAAAUCAGAAAAGGGAUUUUCUCCCCAAGCCAGGAGUAAAAAAAAAAUAGGGAAAUAAGGAGCCACUUCCUUUCUAAAAUUCAGCCUUAUGGAAAAACCUUUCCUAUUGAUGUCCAGUCACAGGACUCAUUGUUGACGUUCAUAUAAUGGGUUUAGUCCUCUGCAAUGCUACCAUUGUGUUUAGUCCUCUGUGAUAUUUAACUAAUGUCAGCAUCUACCACCAUUGUUGUUGUAGUAGACUUUAAAAUGCCCAGUGAAAGGUGGAUAUUAUCUGAAUCACAUAUUCAUAUUGAGAUGGUAUCUUGUACUGUCAGUUAUAACAAGCACGGUGAAGCAGAGAGACGAACCUCAUGGAGUUAAAGUAUCACUGAAUGAUGAAGAAUCAGUUUGUGGAUAGAAUUCCCCGGGGGCAGGAUAUGUUUGUACCGUCUUCCCAGCAUGGUAGCAUAAUUUUUGCUUGUGGAAAAGUUUAACUGACUUAAACCUUUUGACCUUCUGAACAGCUCCAUAUCCAGUAGUAGAUGCUAAGGUGAAUGUGUGAUUUUAAUGGGCUAGAUUUAGUAAUGUGAGAGGGAGGGGAAGAAUACCACUGUCAGAUGACAUUGAAAAUGUGUGUGUAUUUGAAAGUUAAAAGCCCAUGGCUAAUAAAAUCCAGUAGUUCUUUGUAGGUUAGCCUAUGGUAUGACUUCAUCCAUUAUCUCAUAUAUUGUCCAUGUUCUGCUUUCAUUUCGUCUCAAGGCCAGCAAUUCCAUGUGCUUAGUAAAUUAACUGGUGAUUGAUAUUUGUGAUUUUUUUUAGCCAGUGUAAUGCCACAGGUAUCAAAUGCUAAAGUACCCCACAUCGUCUUCUGACUUUAAUUAACAGAUGGGUGUACUAAUUAAGUAUUCAUAAUUUCUGCAUGUAUACAAAUAAAUGUUGAUAUUCUUUUAUUUGCUUCUGAGUGUUUACCACAGAUCAUUAGGACAAAGCAUACAUAGCUUUACUCAUUUGUUUACUUUAUUUAAGUCUCAAACUUCCUAUCCUGUGUGGAUAAGAUCAUCAUCAUAUGUAGGUUUGGGGAUCAGGCAUUUAUGAACAUUAACAUAUCUUAAGAGGAUUCAAGUUAAUUACCUGCAUGGUGGAUAUUUAGGAAAGAGAAAAGCAUUGACUGAGCAUGCAGUGGAGAAAUAAUGAAUCCUUAAUGCUAUGCCUCUGCAUGCAAUUCUAUAACUCUGAGCUCCAUUCACGAGUACUGUAUUACAGAAGUAUAAUGUUUACUGAACAGACAACUCAUUUUUCUAAUUCACUGCUAGCCAAAAUGGGGAUCAGUACAAUCCAUACCUGCCUUCAAUUUGGGUGCUAAUGGAGGCAAAUAAAAAGAUCCAUAGAAUGUCACUGCUUUGGAUGAGAAAGAACUAUAGGCUACAUCAUGCUUUUCACAGGUUACACAAGCACCCUAUGCUGUGUUCUGCUCUGUUUUACCUCAGUGUUUCUACCAUUAAAUAUGCUCUCAAAAUAAUCUUUCAAUGUCAUUUCAUUUUCUUUUUGUCAUGGCAGGAUAUCUGUUUUCUACAAUGUUCCUUAUACACAUACACAAAAAUAAAAAUAAAAAAAAGUAAUCUAGAAUAUUGUUCUGGCAACAUGUUUUGAGAAAAUGUUUUGUUUAUUUUCAUUGCUGACUUGUGAAUGGAUUUUGUAAAAAUACCUUCUGUAGAAUUUUCAGACAUGUUUGUGGGGAGGGAAAGAAGUAGAGUAUUUUGCACAUGUUGAUUUCUUUUGUGGAAAAAAAACUGUACUACACACAUCUUUAAAGUAUGAUACAAUGCAGUAAAACUGAAGUUACUUAAUAAUUCGGUAGCCUCCUUAUUCCCUACUGCCAUGACUGGAGAAUUAAAUAAUACAACCAUAGUGAGGCUCUACAAACAAAUUAUCAUCAAGAAGAGCACAAUGAAGCUGAUAAAGCAAUUGGCUUAUGAUUUUUUUUUAAAUGCUUCUCCCCACUCUGCUCCUACUUUUAUAUGUAUUUCUUCCAGAAUAAUCACACCUUGCAGAAUGAUGCUGGCAAUUGAGGGCCCAGUCCUGACACAGGUAAAACACCUACUGAAUUAAAAAGAGAGAUUUCUCUGAAUAAGAAUUUGCAAGGGCCUGGUCCUGCCACUCUUAUUUGUGUGAAUAAUCUUUAGUAAUAGACUUCAAUGGGAUUAUUCACUACAGUAAUGAUUGGUCACAUAGGUAAGAGUUGCAAAAUAAUCCAACAAAAAGGCAUAGUUUGAUCUUAUUCUGUUGCUUUUUGAUCGUACCGAGAUUUUGGGAGAUGAUUUUGCUCCAUUGAGGGCACAAUUCACAUUCAUUAGUAAUAUUAUACAAAUACAUUAAAGAACAUAAGGCGCUCAAAUAGAUAUUUUGAAACUGGACUAUUUGUCCAGUGAUUUUAAUUUGGUAAUAAAACAGCAACAAUCUUUAAUAAUGCAUUGGGAUUUGCUGCACUAUAACUUAACAUUCUCUUAUUUAAAAUAGGCCGAACGUACAUGCUUUUUAUGAGUUAGUUAGUGCAAUAAGAGAAAAUACAUGAAUUUGUCAAUAGGAACUUUUCAGCUGCCAUUAUUCAGACUUAAUUUAGUUGUCUAAAUUCCAAAAUGCUUGAGGCUAACUGAGUCUAACAAUGUUUUUGCUUUAAAUGGACAGCAUAGUCAUUGAAUUACAGUCUCCUCUAGUUUUUGGGUGUCACUAAUACCGAUUAAUUGUUUUUAUUUCAUUUCUCUGAAAGUUCCAUGUGACUUUGAAUGUCCUGUAAUCCUUAGUGUCUAGCUUUAGGUUUAGAGUUAUGACAUUUAACAUCAGAGAAUGUACCACUGCCAUCAGAGAAGGACCAAGCUUUGAAAUGUGCUGUAUGUUAAACAAUGCAAGGCUAAGCAGAAGAAUUUUAUUCUCAUAUCUGUCAUCCAUAUCACUUAGUUGCUGUUUAUUGAGUUAUUUAUUAUUGUUAAUAACUUACUUUUCCUUACAUUCUGUUGUAAAUAAACUACCAAGCAAUCUUCUUUA